CUUGUCCUUACCCAAACAUAGACAUAUCACCUAGAGACAACCCACCCUUUAAAAUGGUCCACCCCCCAACCCACCUCGAGCCUCACUCACGAGUAGUAACCAAUUUAGUGCAAAAAAUGACCCAAAUGCUCCAUCUCCACUGUCUAGUGUUUUUCUAGGGUCACUGUAGUUAUUUUUCUUUAUACUAAUGGAUCUUGGCAUGUUGGGUUUUGAGGAUUCAGUGGUGGGUUCUUCUCCUCCUCCUCCUCCUCCUCCUUGUCUAGUUUCAGAUCCUGAGACCAAACAAAAGUGGUACCACGGAUCUGGGCUCCCCAAGCAAGAAAGGUCUGCUGCUAUUUCUGGGUGCACUGAGCAACAAGGGGAGUACUGGAGGGCCUCGAAAGUGGCCAAGACUGAUGAAUACUACUACUGCUUCUCUGGCUCCAAGGCAAUGCAGCAGCAGCAGAACAGAAGCCCUUUAUUGAGAUCUAACACUACUUUGUUCUCUGAUGGUCAGCAGAUGCUCAGCUUCUCUUCCCCAAAUAGUAGUAACUCAGAAGAAACUGUCACAUUGCCUAAUUACUAUCACCCCACAUCAAAUUCUUAUAGUAGAAAUAACACCACAGGGUAUGAUAUGAGUGGGGUAUUUACAGGGGUAAGAGGCCUAUUUACUCCAUCACAAUGGAUGGAGUUAGAACACCAGGCCUUGAUCUACAAAUACAUAACUGCAAAUGUGCCCAUCCCUUCUAAUCUGCUCAUUCCCAUCAGAAAAGCCCUUGAUUCUGCUGGCUUCUCUUGCUUUUCAGGCGGUCUCCUGGUACCCAAUACUUUGGGAUGGGGUACUUUCCGUCUAGGUUACGCCAACAGCACUGAUCCCGAACCUGGGAGGUGUCGUAGGACCGAUGGAAAGAAAUGGCGAUGCUCCAGAGAUGCUGUGACCGAUCAGAAGUACUGUGAGCGGCACAUGAACAGGGGCCGCCAUCGUUCAAGAAAGCCUGUGGAAGGAGGCCAGACUGGCCAUUCCGUCGCCGGAUCCACCACCACCACAAAAUUCAUGUCUAUGACUACCUCUGCUUCCGCAUCGUUGGUGACUGGUAGAAGCACAACCAAUGGCCUCGGCCUAUCGCACCAUCCCCAACUCAAGAACCUGCAGCAGCCUGGUGCAACUAAUCCUAGUGCUUCUUCCCCCAACAGCAGGAAUUUUCUGAACAAAGAGAAUGCGGGGAACAGAAUUCAAGGGGACCAAUUUUCCAUUCCAAAACAGCCGAACCCGUAUGAAGAAUCCACUCGAGCUGAAUUUGGAUGUGUUUACUCCGAUUCCUUGCUCAACCCUUUACACAAAACCUCUGAUUCCAUGACAGAGUCCCAGCAUUCUGUUCGCCAAUUCAUCGAUGAUUGGCCCAAGAAUCCCACCGAUCGAUCAUCCAUAUCAUGGCCUACCCAACUCUCAAUCUCAAUACCAAUGACAGCCUCAGACUUCACAUCCUCCACUUCGUCUCCCAUCAACGGAAAAAUGGCUCAUUCACCGCUGAGGCUGUCGCGAGACCUUGAAACCGAUUCAACUCAGAUGGGUUUGGGAGUGGGCAGUCAAAACCAAAGACAAGCAAAUUGGAUUCCUAUUUCACGGGAAACUUCCAUGGGUGGACCUUUGGGUGAAGUAUUGCAUAGGACUAAUAGCGGUGUUGGGGACCAACAGAGCACGUCGGCUCUGAACCUUAUGACCGAUGGGUGGGACCAUAGCCCCAGGUUAGGUUCGUCUCCUACUGGGGUUUUGCAGAAAAUGGCGUUCGGUUCGGUUUCUAAUAGCAGUGCUGGGAGUAGUCCCAGACCAGAGAACCAUUUGAGCUCCAACUAAGACCAAGUUUGGCCUAACUUCUGUUGUGACUUUUUUCUCUGGCUUUAGUUGUGUACCUCUGAACUCUUUCCAGGUUCGGGUCAAAACCUUUUUUAGAUCAAAAGAUUGUCUCGAUGUAAAAAAUCUGAGGAGUAGGAAAACUUGGCCAAAUGCUGUAAAAAGCGCACUGAAGACGAAAAGAAAGUCGGAAGUUACGUGGGUCCAAAUCCAUUUUAUGAAGAAUUUACGCAAGGGAAGAAGCACGGGCUUUUUAUUCGGCUGAAAGACUUCAGAAUAAUGUGGCUUUAAGAGUUUGUUUUUGUUUUGGUGAUUUCUUCGAUUUCUUUUUUUGUUAAGAUUUCUUCGAUUUCUGUAAUCUGGUUUUUAUGUUCUGGAUAUGCAAACUCUCCAUUUGAUA